CUUCCCGUUGCUAGUUGGCUAAGCACCCUGUGUGAGAGACAUGUGGGGAAGUCGUUAAUGUUUGUACUAGUUGCUUUUUUUUGGCUCAUUUGGUGUUGAAAAAGACUCGGUUGUGGUGGUAAAGACCACCUCAGGUUUCUGGAGUUUCCUCUCCGUUUGGAGGUUCGUCGUAGAUCAUCGGAACAAGACAGACGGAAAAGAUGUCGUACUAUUCAUCAUCCCGUAGUUCGUCUCGGGCCACUGAUUGUAAAGUGUACGUGGGUGACCUGGGCAACGGUGCUGCCAAGGGGGAGCUGGAGCGAGCGUUCAGUUACUACGGCCCACUGAGGAGCGUCUGGGUGGCCAGGAACCCACCUGGGUUUGCCUUCGUGGAGUUUGAGGAUCCCAGAGAUGCAGAAGAUGCAGUGAAAGGCAUGGAUGGAAAGGUGCUGUGUGGUUCCCGUGUCCGUGUGGAGAUGUCAACAGGAAUGUCCAGGAAGGGCCGUGGGCGCCCCAGCCGGCGCCAGUUUGACCCCAAUGAUCGGUGUUACCAGUGUGGGGACCGGGGCCACUACGCCUACGACUGCUACCGCUUCAGCAAGAGGGGCCGCCGCGGCAGCAGGUCUCGCUCUCAUUCACGGUCUCGCUCAAGGUCCAGAUCCCGUGGGCGCCGCUACCGCUCUCGCUCCCGCAGCCGUAGCCACAGCCGGAGCCGUCGUCGAUCUCCAUCCUAUUCCAGGCGCAGGAGCAGGUCUGGCUCCCCAGCCCGUUCCAAGUCCAGGACUCCUGUGAGAAGUCGCUCCAGAUCUCGGUCUCGAUCUGGGUCUAUGCCCAGGGGACGCUCUGUGCCCAGGGGACGCUCUGUGCCCAGGGGACGUUCUGUGUCCCGGUCCCGCUCACGAUCUCCGUCUGCGAAUCACAAGAGGAACAGUCGUUCCCGCUCAGCAAGUCCAAACCGAAGCCCUACGCCAGCAGACGACUGAGUGAAGAAGACUUAGUAUCCCCUUACUCUCCCCACCCCCCUUCUCUCCUGUCCUUAACAGACAGACCCUCCACCCCUGCACCCUGACCGCUUUUACAUCCCUUACAGCUGUUUUUUGUUUUUUUGUACUUGCCCAGUCCAAGACUUUUAAGUUCAAUCCCCACCUCGUCCUCCUCUAGGGCUGUAGUCCUACAGCCUCAGAUUGUUGCAGAUUUAAUCAGUGUGGCAGAUUUUUUUGUUUUUGUUUUUAAUGCUGAAUAUACGUUAUCUUCCCACGUGUCUAGUAGCAAGUACAUGAAGCAACACCUACAGUAUGUUAAUGUUGACUUUUAACAGUGAUUUGGGCGGUUCGUACAGCAAACUGCAGUGGAAGGUAACCCAGUAGACACCAGUCAUUGCAAUGAUGAACUGCUUUUAUUCCCUAAACUGUGAAAUUUCUGAACUUUAAUAUUUUUUUUCUUCCACAUUGAGAAUCUGUAAAAAAUUUAAAGUUUUUGAAUUGCACUCCAAUUUGAUUUUUUUGUUUGUUUUUUGGUUUAAGAUGCUGUUUAACCAGUCCAUUCAUCAUGGCACAAGCAGAUAGGUCAUUGCCUGCAUGCCUUUAUAUGUGAUGUCACAUUCCUACUGUUUGUUGUUUCUGUGCUGCACUGCCCUUUUUACAAACUUCACCAGCUUCACUGUGUGCUGAAUAGAUCCCCCCUAUGUGUUGAUCUCAAGAUUUAUCCUGUUUUUUUUUCUUUUCUUUUCUUUUUUUUUCAUUUUAAAAAUGUGCUUAAGUUUAAUUUUUGAAGGGCUGCUUUAACAGUUUUUGUUCUGUUCCUGGCUUAAUAUGGUAAGACAGUGGCAGUUUUAUUUUUGAAUAAAUCUCUACAACAUA